GUCAAUAGCAGAAAAGACAGUGUAUAAAUAUUCCGAGGAGUUGAGUUUUUAGUAUUAUACCUGAACUAGCAGUGAAGGAACUAACAUCUAAAACCAAAAUGAACUCCAUGGUCAUCGUUUUCUUCGUGGCUUUGUCCACCGCUUACGCUUCAGUACUCCCAUUAGGAGUUGGAUUAGCAGGUCCUGGAAAUCCAGGUGCUCUCGUUAAAGGACCAGCUGCUCAAGCCACCGUUCAUGGCCCAGAUGGAAGCGUAAUCGUUGGUGCUGCUGAUGCUGGAGCUGUAGCUGCUGCUCCAAUCCCCGGAGGUCAUGUAGCCGCUGCUGUUGCUCCUGGAAUUGUUGCUACCCCUGGAAUUGUUGCUGCCCCAAUUAUUGCCCCAGCUCCCAUCAUUGCUGCCCCCAUCAUCGCCAAACCAGUAAUCCCAUCUGGAUCAAUCAGCGUUGGGUUAGGAGGAGCUGUCAUUGCUGGACCAUCUGGGUCUGUUGCUACUAAUAACGGACUUGGAGUUGGUUUAGGACAUGGAGUCGGUUUGGGAUAUGGAGUCGGUUUGGGAUUAGGUUUCGGACAUGGAUUAGGUUUGGGACUUGGCCAUGGACUCUAUUAAAAAGGAAAAUGAACUGAUAUAUAAUUUUGUGAUAAUUCCCGAACGAAUAAAUUGUAAAUAAUGACCACGAUGUUGCAUUAUGUGUAAAUAAAAGAAUUAUUUUAAAUUAA